AUGGAGGCGGUGGCUGAGUGUAUUGGGCUUCACUUCGAGAGGGUGCGGAAAGCGGGCAGCCGGGCGUGUGAUCAUCUGGCCGAGGCGAACCUGCGGCUGGUGGUGAGCGUGGCCCGGAAGCACCAGGGCCGGGGCAUGUCCCUGCUGGAUAUGGUGCAGGAGGGCAACCUGGGCCUGAUGCGCGGCGUGGAGAAGUUCGACCACCGGCGGGGUUACAAGUUCAGCACCUACGCCACCUGGUGGAUAAGACAGGCGGUGAGCCGGGGCAUCGCCGGCCAGGGCCGCACCAUACGGUUGCCGGUGCACGUGGUGGAGACGGUAAGCAAGCUCAGGAGACGGGAACUGACCCUGAUGCAGGAGCUGGGGCGGGAUGCCACCGAUGCCGAGCUGGCCGAGGCCAUGACGGUGGGCGUGGAGAAGAUCGAGUACGUACGGCAGGUGGCGCGGGAGGCGGUAUCGCUGGAGACGCCGGUGGGUGAGGAAGGAGACGUCCAACUGGGAGACUUUGUGGAGGAUCCCAACAUUGUGCCGCUGGAGGACGCGAUGAUGGCUGAGAUGCUGGGGGAGAAGUUGAGGGAGGGGCUGGACGCCCUGGGUGAGCGGGAGAGCCGGAUAUUGCGGCUGCGCUACGGAUUGGACGAUGGUCGGCCCCGCACGCUGGAGGAGGUGGGAGAGGUGUUCGGGUUGACGCCGGAGCGGAUCCGGCAGAUUGAGGCGAGGGCCAUCCGGAGGCUGCGUAACCCCGCUCACUCAGGCAUAUUGCGCGGUUUCCUGGAGUGA